CCGGGGUGGGUGCAAAUGACCAGAGACGGACUUGGGAGUGAGACCCCCAUAACGCUCAGCAAUCCGAGGUUGUUACAGAAGCAAGUGCUGAGCUUCCAGAAACAAUUCUACUUUGAUGAAAAAGACGACCCAGCUAAAAGCACUAAGGACGUAAAUGUUAGCCUCUCAGCAAACCUCCCAAAAGUUUCUGAAUUGAGAAAACGAUUCGAAGGCAUUACAACAAGCUCGAGCGAUUGGGAAAUGAACAGAAAGGAACGCAUUGCUCGAAGGUUGGAAGGUAUAGAGGGUGAGGUGCAUCCAUCUCUACUGCCAAACUUGGUGGCCAACCGGCUUCUGGAAGAGGACACACCGCGAUACACCAGGGCGUCUGACUCCUGUGGGCCUCGUGCUGUCAUGGUCCAUCAGCACAGCAUGGAAGGGUUUGAAAGCUCAGACGUGCUCAAGCCUCUAGAUCGAGAGUCUGGAACUCGACACAGACCUGAACACCAGUCCUCCAACCACUCUGAGCCAGUCCACAGUUUGAGUUCAUCAACUGUUCCCCUGGAGCUGGAGUCCAAAGCUGAACGCAUUGCCCGCUACAAAGCAGAGCGCCGCCGACAACUGUCCGAACGCUUUGGCCUCUCUUUGGAUCAAGAUCUUGACGUGAAACGUCCUUCCCGCCUCGCCUGCACCCGGAAUGAAUCUGAGAGCUCAGAGUGUCAUAACCAAGGGCAAUCUGUGAAGAAGGGAGGCAAAGACAUUACCUUGAAUGCUUACACCACCACUGCAGUYCCUAACCCAAGGGCAGGAGGCUUGGCACCACCACAGAGCCGGCCUGACACGGACUUUGAGGUUGCUCAAACCAGGGUGGACUCACUCUCAGAAAGAGAGAAGCUGAUGAACCUGGAAAAUCAACGCAGAACUGCUCCACCUGAGUCUUUAACUUCCUCAUACAUGGAYGUGACGCCACCUUCCAUUCCUGCCAGGGUAUCUGCUAAGGACUUUGUAAUGUCGAUGCAAUCUGAUUCACCCAAGAUGAGCGUACCUGCUUCUUUUCCCUCACCUAAACAUGGAGUUUCUCCUGGAGAUCUGUUCAUAGAGCAGCAGGCCCACAACAUCCUCAACAGACAGGGUGCAGGAACGAAGCUUAGUGCUGGUUGGCUGCUUCAGACUGAUUCCCAGGGAGACACCUACUCCCUCAUCARUUGGCCGUCAAGAAUAAAAGUUAGGGAGAUGCUUGCCAGGGAGGAGGGCCACCAGAGAAAUCUGGAGAUGGGAAAUGCUACUGAWGCCCCAGUGUACCACAGACAACAACACCAACAUCGACACCAGGCCCAGACAUCUUACCACARAGACCCAGCAGGGCCUCACCAUGUCUCUUCCCAUCCUCUCCAUCAACCCCAAACUCAUCUAAGUCGAUCUUGUCAGCAGGGAGGACAAAAUGCUGGCAGUUACGCAAGUUACCUGUCWAUGACCUCUGGUCCCACAUUCAAAGCUGGGCAGCAGCACCAGCAGUUCCAUGAAGAUGAGACUGAAGAAUUCGAGGGUGAGAAAACAAAAGKUCUUCUUAAGAGCAGAAAAACUGUCCUACCCUCAGAGAUCCGUCACAGGGAGAGGAGCACAGAGGAUCCAUUCAGAGGAAGAGGGGAUGAAGAAACAGGGAUCCACCAGGCAGAGCAGGCUGCCUUAGAGACACAAACACGAGGAGUUACAGCAGGUAGAAUGAGGACUGAGGAACCAGAGCGCACCACCUGUCUGCAGGUGUCRGAUAAAAGAUCACGAGAGCACGAUAACAACAUUUAUAGUCACAAAGUGCYGACCACAACCUACAUCCAGCCCAGAACAGGCCAAGGCAACUCCACUUCCAGAACACCACUGAACUGUUUGGUGUCAGACGCUGGUGAAUCCAGAGGAUUGACUCGAAGAAAUGUGCGGCACCAGCUGGAUGGUCCCCGAGAAAUUGGAGAGGACGGUAACCRAGAGAAUCACCAAGAAAGUAGAGUUUCUGUGGCCAAGCUCAGGAAUUCAUACAUGGAGCACACCACCACACCUCCAAGCAGGCGCAGGAAUGAGCUGUCUUGCCUGAACUCAGAGUUGGUUUCCACAGACGCCGAUGAAGAGACGUUAGAUGACCGAGCCAAACUAAGUGUCGCAGCCAAACGCUCUCUCUUCAAGGAACUGGAAAAAAGCUUUGAUGGUGUCAUUCCCAAGCCACGAUCCAGAAAUGCGGCAGUGGACAGAAGAUUAAGACGGACACAYGACCGAUCUAGGACUCAGCCCGUCACCACUGAGGAAGUAGUCAUAGCCACCACCAUCCCAUCUCAUGUGCCACAAAUGAUGACUGAUCAGUCUACUGUAACAUGUGCAGAUAGCCACACCCUAGUUUGCUGUAAUGCUCUGCCCCACAGCCUGCAGGCGUCUCUGCAGCAGAGGUCUGCGGCUCGGGAGCAAGUGCGAGCYUCUCGCGAGGCCCAGGGCUCGACGCAGGGGCCCGCCAUGGACGGAAGAGUCAGGAGUCAGAGUCAGGAGGAGCCGGACGUCUGCACGCUGAGCCUGGCAGAAAAGAUGGCGCUGUUCAAUCGGCUCGCACAGCCACCGAGCAGGGUCACGCACACCAGAGGAGGCUCACGCCAUCGCAGAGCCAACACUCGCUACCAGACACAGCCCAUCACUCUGGGAGACAUUGAACAGGAGCUCUCAGAUAUAGACUUCAAAGAUGAACAGGAGAUGAGUGACAGCCCAGAUGAAGAACUUCAAAAUGUAACACAAUCUCAGAACCUCCCGUCUUCAUCGUCCAUGUCUGGACUCAGAGCAGGAGCCGGUGUCUCCUCUGACCACGCUGGGAAGAGGAGGCUGCCUUCUCCCGAGCCAGCYGUCCGGCAGCCUGCGCUGCCCCAGCCUCAGUCUGGGAAAGCGAGGUGGGGGGACGACGAGGAGGAAGAGCAGAGGGAGAGGGAUGAGCAGCAGCUGCUCGGUCGUGGGGAGGAGGGAGCUGUGCAGAGCGCAGAGGAGCAGAGGAGGUAUCUGAGGGAGGAACUGCAGCGUUCAGACGACCAAACGAGCAGAGCCAUCAGUGGGGAGAUGCCAGCGGGAGCACUCACAGUCGGCUCAGUUCAGCUUGAUAAUGAAGAAGAGCUGAGUAAGAUGAUGCUUGCCCGACACAUGUCAAUAAAAGACAGGGUUGCCUUGUUAAAGAAGAGCGGCGAGCAAGACUGGAGGAACAGGAUCAGUAAGCAGCAGGAUGUGGUGAAAGUUGCAGAGGGCGACCAGGACGCUAACUUCUGGGAGGCAGAGCAGAAGUUCAAGAAGAAGGAUGAUGAAGCACUGAUGAUCGAUGACUUUGCUGAGUCGGAUCAGCUCUGGGAUCCUAUGUUUGCUGCUACUUUCUCCCCUCCUCCACCUGAACUUCCUUUCCAUCUUCCUUCCCUUGAUGGCGCAGCUGGCCAGGCCACCAAAUCUCCCAGGGCCUUUCAGGUGGAUCAGAGGCACCCGUGGAGACGGAAGAGAACCACAGAGGUUGAGAUGGACAGCCAGAGCACGGAGACACACAUGUCCAUCCAGGACAGGAAGCAGCUCAUCGUGGCUCAGGAGGAAGCCUGGAAGACCAAAGGUCACGGAGCCGCCAACGACUCCACCCAGUUCACUGUGGCAGCACGCAUGGUGAAGAAAGGACUUGCCUCUCCCUCUGCUGUGCACUCUAAUGUGCUGACCAAACCUAAACACAGCAGUCUUCCUGUAUCCAAACCACAGGAAGAGAUCAAAGUUGUGUCAGAUCUGAACCUGGAGUCGGACAGAAACCUGGACAAGCUGGAGACGUUCCUGGACAAACUGAACAGUAAAGUGUCUGGACUACCUGAAGCUACCGUCACUGUGACGCAGAAGAAAGUAAAGGAAGUGAUGAGCCUUGAAGAUGAAACCUUCUCCAGGUUUUAUCGCCCWGUGGAGGAUCUCACUGGAAACGCCACCAAGAUGGAAAUAGACGAUGACUUUGAUGCCAUUUUUGACCCUCAGGUGCCAAAGCUGACCUCUGCCAUGGUGCAGCACAGGCUGGCGGUGCGACCCACACGCAACGUCCAGUCCUCCAGAAACCCUCUGAAGAAGCUGGCCGCCAGGGAGGACAUCAGGCAGGAGUACACAGAGCAGAGGCUCAACGUCGGCCUGCUGGAGAGCAAAAGGAUGAAGGCUGAAAAGGCGACACGUCCAGACCAGGCUGGUUGAACCCAGAGCCUCCUCGCUGAACAGUGGAGAUUGUUUCCUGCUYAUCACACCCCACCACUGCUUUGUUUGGAUUGGAGAGUUUGCCAAUGUCAUUGAGAAAAACAAGGCUUCAGAGUUGGCCAAUUUCAUCCAGAGCAAGAAGGAUCUGGGUUGUCGAGCUAGCUUCGUUCAGGUGGUUGAGGAGGGCAUGGGUGCUCGCAGCCAAGCUGUCAAGGAGUUCUGGAAGAUUCUCGGGGGCCAGUUGGAUUACCAGUCCGCAGGAACACCCGAUGAAGACGAGUUGUACGAGAGCGCCAUUGUAGAGACGAACUGCAUUUAUCGAUUGAUGGAUGACAAGUUGGUCCCAGAUGAUGAUUUUUGGGCCAGAAUGCCAAGUUGUUCCCUGCUCAACCCAGCAGAGGUUUUGGUGUUUGACUUUGGCAGUGAAAUGUAUAUUUGGCAUGGGAAGGAAGUGACUCUGGCACAGAGGAAGGUAGCUUUUCAACUGGCUAAGCACCUGUGGAACGGCACCUUUGAUUAUACAAAUUGUGACAUCAACCCACUGGACCCAGGAGAGUGCAACUCAUUCAUACCAAAAAAAGGCCAUGGCCGACCUGACUGGGCAGUGUUUGGCAGACUGACUCAGUACAACGAGACCACCCUGUUCAAAGAGAAGUUCCAAGACUGGAGCGACUCCAGGAAAACACCCAAUCCCACAACAACAAACAACCACAUUACUGAUCYCAAGGAGCUGCACACCUUCGAUCAGCCUCAUGCCUACAAUGUUUCCUUGAUGCUGCCCCUACGUCAAGCUCCAGUUUGCACCACGUUGGACGGGUUCAAUGUGGGKCGGGGCUACGGCUUGGUGGAGGUAGAUGAGUGGAUGAGCUACGAGCUCAGCACUGUGGCGGUGGAGGUGUGGCACAUCCUGGAGUUUGACUACAGCCGCUUACCCAGACAGAGCAUCGGCCAGUUCCACGAGGGCGACACCUACGUGGUGAAGUGGAAGUACAUGGUCAGCACCGCAGUUGGGAGGAGACAAAACCCAGAACAGCUGAAGACCAGCGGAGCUGGAAAGGAAAAGAGCUGCUAUUUCUUCUGGCAGGGCUGCAACUCCACCAUCAGUGAGAAAGGAACGUCUGCACUCAUGACGGUGGAGCUGGACGAGGAGCGAGGUGCACAGGUUCUGGUCCAGCAGGGGAAAGAGCCUCCGUGUUUCCUGCAGUGCUUCAAAGGAGGGAUGAUUGUCCACUCAGGGAAAAGAGAGGAGGAAGAAAACUCCCAGAGUGAUUGGCGGCUGUACUGUGUGCGUGGGGAGCAUGAGGUGGAGGGCCACCUGCUGGAGGUGGUGUGUCACUGCAGCAGUCUGCGCUCCAGAGUGUCCAUGGUGCUGCUCGGCGUCAGCCAGGCUCGGAUCUAUCUGUGGCACGGCUGUAAAUCCCAAACGCACACGCGCGAGGUGGCACGCACCGCUGCCAACAAACUCAAAGAACACUGUCCUCUGGAAACAGGUCUCCACAGCAGCAGCAAGGUGACCAUUCAGGAAUGUGAUGAGGGAGCCGAGCCAGCGGGAUUCUGGGAAAGCCUGGGCAGAAGAGACAGGAAAGYGUAUGACUGCAUGCUGCAAGAUCCUGGAAGGUUUAACUUCACACCUCGCCUGUACCAGCUGAGCAGCACCUCGGGAGAGUUUACAGCUGUGGAGCUUCUUUACCCCGCCAGAGACCCCAACCAGGUCAACUCCAUGCCUUUCCUGCAGGAAGACCUGUAUGCAGUCUCCCAGCCAGCCCUGUUCUUGGUGGACAACCAUCAUGAGGUCUACCUGUGGCAGGGCUGGUGGUCUCAGGACAGUGAGAGCACAGGCUCGGCCCAAAUCCACUGGGACUCGGACAGAAAGUGUGCCAUGGAGACGGUGCUGCAGUACUGCAGAGAAAAGAAUGGGAGGAAACCUCCCAAAUCGUAUCUGAUCCAUGCAGGUCUGGAGCCGCUCACCUUCACCAACAUGUUUCCCUGCUGGGAGCACAGAGAGGACAUCGCCGAGAUCACUGAGAGGGAGGCUGAGGUGUGUAAUCAGAUCAUCCUGGUGGAGGACGUGUUGGCCCGUCUGUGUAAGAGCAGGUACCCACUGGAGGAGCUCCUCACCCGGCCGCUGCCCGAAGGAGUCGACCCUCUCCGUCUAGAAAUCUACCUGUCCAAUGAMGACUUUGAGGCUGUAGGGGCUUACAGGAAGAAAGCCCUGGAGAUGAGCAGAGAAGAAUACAGCUUGCUGCCGCCGUGGAAGCAGGCGAACUUAAAGAAAGCCAGAGGACUUUUCUGAAAGCGGCAGCAGGAUGUCGUUCAGGCUCCUCGUUUGCUUGGAUUUGCACACUGCAGAGACUCGGGAGCAGCUACCCCCGAGUCGAACCUUCACUGGAGGGAUGAACGAUGGACCCCGGGUGUGUGGUGGAGAGGUGUGCCAGCCUUUCAGACUGCAUUCUCUGCUGGUAAACAAUAGAAAACCAGUAGAUGCAUACGUUCACGAGUGAUCGUAUUAACAGUUCCCCUUAAAGUGAAACCUUUAAUGUAUGUAAAUAUGGACGGUGGCCUUAUGUUAUGAAGUUGUAGCAGGUCUGUCAGCCUGUUAGUCACUCUCCUCUUCAGACUGUCAAGUUUCUGAAUGUUUGUGCAUUGCAAAAUAAUUAUAUUUAUAUGUAAUCUACAAAACAAAAGUUUGAUAUAAAGAAAUUAAUUCAACAAAACGUUUGUUUGCCGCAGCAGUUUGAGGUGUAUGUAUGACUGUCUCUGCUGUACACACUUCUAUUGACUAAUCAAAUGAAGCAGCUUUGAGURAAACAUUACCACAGAGACUAGCAGGUGGGUCUGAAGGGACAGGCAUGUGAUGAAGUGAUUCAGUGUAUAGUGCCUUGCCUUGUGUACAGUUUCUAAACAGAUUUAAGUCUGCAUUUUCAAGACUUUUUGUCAUAAUGAAAUAUAAGAGAAAUAAACGAUUGAAAUUUC